AUGUCGAAAAGUUCGACCACUGCUUCAUCUGUUAGUUACGACAGUCAAGGAUUGAGUGAUAUAACCGACCCUUUCCAGUUCGAAUCUGCUCUUUAUGGAGGAUUGGAUUAUUUGUUGAGUGCUGGAGAUUUUCUGGGAGUACAGCCUCCUAAGAGAAGAGAUAGCAUGGAUUUGGCUGCAACUCAACGCGACAAUCCAGACGCAAAAGAGGAUUCUGCUCAAGCAAGCCCAGCCAAUGAUAUAGCCGAAUUUUCGCUGACCCCAAUAAUGCGGCAGCUUGACUUGCCAUCUCCUCAAUCGACAGAAUUAACAGGAUCCAAGUUGGCUGAGGAAAUCAUGACCUUCAACGAUAACACCAAUCUGUACCCAUCGCCAGCUCUUUCAUCAAGCCUUUCAUACUCUGAAGAGAAUAUGAUGUUGACGCAUUUCUUCAACAAACUUUUGCCCUUGCUUGACUCUCAUCCUAGUUCGCCGUGGCCAGAAUUGGCUCUGAAGUAUUGCGAUUUUGAGAUUGCAAGAAGCUGUUUUAUAUCGCUUUCGUGCAUGCACUUAUACGAAAGCCGAGGAGAGAAUGAAUUCUAUAAGAGGGGACUUCUCCAUAUAAACAAGACGAUGGAAUACCUGGUAAACUAUGUCAAAACCAGCAAAGAGGGUUUCUCAAAUGACUCACCAGAGAACGAUAAGGUGGUGGAGAGGACCGAGGAUCCGGGUAUCAAUGUUGAGAGUAUUGUUGUGAAUUUGAAAAAUGAUGCGGUCAAUAAGAAGAGGACGAGUUUUUUCGUGAUAUUGCUUCUUAUCUAUGUCCAUCUACUGUUUGGAAUUUUGGAGAGCGGCAGGUCCGCUCUGUCUAGAGUGUUUCUCAAGUUGUUCGCAAGUAUCACCGAGGAUGAAACUUUUCAAGUGGUUCUGCAACGAAUUGACCAAUCGCAAACUCUUAUUUGUGUUCUCUCGUGGUUUGACACUAUUGCGGCCAUUGUCUCGCCAGAUUGCCGUUUACCCUAUUGUAAUCCCCAAUGGUACGGCACCAAGACGGACACUAUCUCCACCGCAAAAAUGAACGGCUGUCCUGGGGAAAUUUUCAAUUGCAUUGCGCAGGUGUGCAAGCUAAGAGCAGACCUAAAAAAGGGCGAAAUGCGGCCCGCUGCGAUCGUCUCGGAGUUUGAACGGAUCAAGAACGAGAUCUUGAACUACAGAGAUUAUGUUCCGUUGAAGCUGCCAGGCGAUACAAACGGUGUCACUUUUGAAUAUGAGGAAAGAUUAAGAGGUGCCCAAUGCUGGUCUUUGGCCGUUUAUAUCAAGCUUCUCGAGGUGUGCAAGGUCUCAGAUGAUUAUCUCGAUGUGAUCCAGCAGGCCACCAGAGAGUUUGUCUUCAUAUACGACAUGCUCAGUCCAGUAUCGCCCAUUUGCACACAAAUGGUUUGGCCCAUAUUCAUUAUCGGGUGCCAUUGCGAGCGUUUACAGGAUAGAAACAAGUUUCGCAAGUAUAUGGAGACACUUUAUCAGACCGUCCAGAUGGGAACGGUGAUGACAAUGCGCAAGAUCGUCGAGGAAGUUUGGUCUACGGGUAAGCAUUCCGAUGAUAUUUUGAUGGGAAAGGAAUGGCUUGGGGCUGGCAUUGAUUAUUUGCCGUAUUGA